UGAGAUGCAAUCACGUUAUGUAACAAGUCUUAUUAAAGGAUUUAUCAAACCACUUCCAUCUCAAAACGAAAUGGAAAAAUCUAUACGUAAAUAUUACGAAAAAAUUCAUAAAAAUUAUUGUAAAUAUGCUCGUAGUGCUAUUCGGUUAUCUUAUUUGCCUUAUAUGGACACCUUGAGUAAAGAAAUUGGAUGUUAUCCUUAUCCUUAUGAAAUAUUUAAAAAAUUUGGGUUUAAUUUUUGGAAAUUAAUUAUGUUUGGUAUGGUUACUCCUAUUCAAUAUCGGCUACUAGGGAGGAAUUCUUGGGAAGGUGCAAAAGAAGCUAUUUCGCUUUAUAACAAAUAUAGUUUUAAAGCUACUAUUAGAAGAUCAAUAGGAAUCUCUGGUUUGACAGCAAUAAAACAAUGUCUAGACGAUGAUUUGAUUCCAAUUUGUUUUGAACAAAAUUCUUUUAUCGGUGGAAUAUGGAGAUACGAAGACGUUUGUGAAAAAAAUAAUGAACCUUAUUCUUCAGUUUAUAAAGGUGUUUUAACUAAUACAUCUAAAGAAAUGACGGCGUAUUCUGAUUUUCCAAUUCCAGCAGAUUGGCCGACUUAUAUGAAUCAUUUACUAGUAGAAAAGUACAUCGAUAUGUAUGCUGAAAAUUUCAAUCUUUUACCUCACAUUAAAUUCAAUACUACCGUGUUAAAAGUAUCAAUUCUCCCCGAUAAACGUUGGAAAGUUAAAUAUAUAACCCAAAGUGAAAAUGAGGAAAAAGAAGAGAUUUUUGAUUUUGUAAUGGUUUGCUCCGGUCAUCAUCGUAAACCUAAAUGGCCAGAAUUUAAAGGAAUGAACUUAUUUAAGGGUGAACAAUUGCAUUCUUAUAAGUAUAAACGAGCUAUAGAUUUUGAAAAUAAACGCGUUUUGGUUGUUGGUAGCGGUAAUAG